AUGCCCGGAUCGGACUUGACAGCGAUCCCCGAGCAGGGUCGGGGGCUUGGAUCGACAACAGCAGCCGAUGGCGUCCUUUCGACGAAUCCCAAUAACGUGUCCCGCACGCAUACUCGUAACCGGUCCAGUGUGGAUGGCACCAAGUACAAGGACGGGCAAUGGUCGCCGGAGAACGAGAAGAUCGUGCUCGGUCCCUAUGACUAUAUGCUUCAGCACCCGGGCAAGGACAUUCGCCGACAGCUCAUCAACGCCUUCAAUGUAUGGCUGAAUGUGCCCCCGGAGAGCCUGACGAUCAUCACCAAGGUGGUGGCCAUGCUGCACACUGCCUCUUUACUAAUCGACGAUGUCGAAGAUAACUCGGUCCUCCGCCGCGGGAUCCCCGUGGCCCACAACAUCUACGGCACGGCGCAGACGAUCAACUCGGCCAACUACGUGUACUUCCUCGCGCUGCAGGAGGUGCAGAAGCUGCACAGCCCGGCCGCCAUCGACAUCUACGUGCAGGAGCUGCUGAACCUGCACCGGGGCCAGGGCAUGGACCUGUUCUGGCGGGAGACGCUGACCUGCCCCACCGAGGAGGAGUACCUGGAGAUGGUCGGCAACAAGACGGGCGGGCUGUUCCGGCUGGCCGUGAAGCUGAUGCAGGCCGAGAGCGGCGCGGGCAAGGACUGCGUGAGUCUGGUCAACGUCAUGGGCCUGGUCUUCCAGAUCUGCGAUGACUACCUCAACCUCUCCAGCGGCACCUACACCAAGAACAAGGGCCUUUGCGAGGACCUCACCGAGGGCAAGUUCUCCUUCCCGAUCAUCCAUAGCAUCCGCGCCCGGCCGGGGGAUCACCAGCUGCUCAGCAUCCUCAAGCAGAAGACCACCGACGAGGAGGUCAAGCGCUACGCGGUGACGUACAUGGAGCAAACCGGCAGUUUUGCGCACACGCGGGACGUCGUCCGCGAACUGCGGGACAAGGCGUUGGCGCUCAUCACCGAGAUCGAUGGCCACGGGGCCUGCGACGAUGGCGCGAUGGUUCGUGUGAUUCUCAACAAGAUCACAGAAUCCACACUAGGGAAACCUCAAGAGUCCAAUUAA